GUUGCGCAGCAUUCGCGGCGUCUGCUGCUGUCAAAACAGAAACAGAUGACAGAGGAGGUCCUGCGGCCUGGGGCUGAUAGUGUGUACCCCGGCGGCAGGCGGGCUUAACCUCCUCGCGGUAUCCAUGGGCGACAAGUAAAGUCCUCCCGGACUUUCCUUGCGGCGCGCCUCCGGCCCCGGCAGCGCGGACACAGACAUCGCGGAGGUCGUCGUGGCCGACGUCGCCGACGUCGUCAUGGACGGCGACGCCCGCGCCGCCGAGGCGCCGUCAUCCGGGACCGUGUCCGCGACGACGGCGGCGGCGCCCACCCUGCAGGACAAGCGGCUGGCGCUGGCGGACUGCAUCCGCGCCGACCUCUUCGCCGCCGACCUCCGCUGGAGCCUGUUCGUGGCCGCUGCGCAGAGCUUCAAGUACGACACGGUGCUGCGGCCCUUCCCCCCGCAGUUCGGCAGCGCCGACGUCAAGGAGAUCGACAGGCUGCGAGAAGUUAUGACGCAAAUGCCUGCUUUCCCCACACUGCUCUCACUACUUGAGAAUCCGUCUACAGACUGCAGCGAUAGAGGACAACUCAUUGAUCUCUUGUAUUGGGUGUUGAUUGUUCAAGACGAUCCUGGCGUUAGAACCCUCUCCAAAGAAGAGGUGGAUCAAGUCCUUGCUCAGGCUCCUGGAGGGAAGCUACCAAGGCCACAUUUCAUUUUUGCCAUUGGUCCGAAAAAAUUCACGGAAAAACAAAAACGCUUCUCAGAGCUUUCCAAAAAUUUCAAGACUUUUUUCGGAUACCAUGGGUCUCGCAUAGAUAACUUUUAUUCAAUCAUUUGCCAUGGCUUGAUUUCAACCCUGUCUAAAAGAGAAGUGUAUGGAAAAGGUACUUAUCUCUCAACCGAUUUUUCCACAUCCUUAAAUUUUAGCCCCUCAGGUUGUGGUUGGGGUGCCUCCAUCAUUGGUAGUGGACUCAGUUGUAUGGCCCUGUGUGAAAUACUAGAGCACCCUGAUGUCAUCUAUGAGAAAUCAGAUACUGAAACUCAAAAGACAGCAGAAGACAGCCAAUUUGGACCUGUUCCUCAAAAAUAUAUUCUUGUCAGGAAUAGUGAUUUGGUACAAAUUCGCUAUCUAUUAGUUGAUGGAAAAAAUCCUCACUCCCUCACAUGUCACAAAGAAGCUAAUGCCUCUAUGAUCGGCUGGUUUUGUAAGCACAAAAUGUUCACUCUGAUGUUGGGAUAUGUGCUUCUCCUAAGUGCUGUAGGAAUGUCUAAUAGUCCCACUGUCAUGCGCUAUUGUCGAAUGUUUUUAAGACGUUGGAAUCACUAAGAAAAUAUUAUUUAAAAGAGACGCUUACUUCUCUUUUUAAAACAAUAAAACUUUAGGGUUCCAUAACAACAACAAAAAUGUCAAAAAUAGAAAGAUGUCUUGGAAAAAUUAUUUCACCUCUGGUGCCAAUAGACAGCUGGCCCACAAGUUUUGGUAGAACUACCAUUCUUGGAAAAUUGUAAACAAAAAAAUAUGAAAAUGUCUGUUUUCUAAGAAAAAAAUAAUAUUGACUACGACUUUUGCCUGUAAUGGCGUCGAUCGGACUGAAAGAAUGACAGAUAGUAAAAAUAAAUUACGAUGCAGACAUCAACCAAAUUCA